UUAAGUUUUGACACCCGCAAAUUUACUUUCAUCUGUUAACCACUACAUGUGGCAAUUUUAAAAGCCAAUUGUGAAAUAAAACCCAAGAUAAUGGCUAGUUUAAAACGAGAAGUAGAUAAUUUACAAGCACUGGAACGCAUAACUGCCGAGUUACGGGCCCGUAUAGAAGACACAAAAAAUGGUGUGGGUUUAGAAGAAGAAGACGAAGAAUUAACAAAAUUGUUGUUGGAGAAUAGCAAACUGAAACAUCGUCUGGCAAUAUUGGAAAAUGCUAUUGAUGUUGAAAAGAGUGGAGGCUCAGGAAAGGCAUCUGCUUCCAUUGGAAAGUCAUUCACUCCCGCAGUGAUUCCUCCCCAUAUUAAUACGAUGGUCUCUGUUAGCGACCAUUUUUUGGAUUUGUUUACAAACGCCAUUGCCAAGGCUUAUCCUCAACUUGCCGGCACGUUAGCAAUAAUUUCACCCGUUAAUGCGAAUGCUGCUAAAUUUGGCGACUAUCAAUGCAAUAGUGCCAUGUCUUUGGCCAAAACUUUAAAGGCUAGUGGUAUAAACAAGUCCCCUCGGGAUAUAGCCCAGGAAAUAUUAAAGCAAUGUGAACCUUCUCCACUGGUGGAGAAAGCAGAAGUCGCAGGAGCUGGUUUCAUCAAUGUUUUCUUAAAAAAAUCCUAUGCCAUUGAUGCUUUAACGAAUAUCCUGAAAUCUGGGGUAAAAGCACCUGAAGUUAAGAAGCAAAGAGCUUUAGUGGAUUUCUCUUCUCCCAAUAUUGCCAAGGAAAUGCAUGUGGGACAUUUGCGUUCUACCAUUAUUGGAGAAUCAAUUUCGCGCUUGUUGGAAUUUAUGGGACACGAUGUUUUGCGCGUGAAUCAUGUGGGGGAUUGGGGUACACAGUUUGGUAUGUUAAUUGCCCACUUGGAAGAUAGGUUUCCUAAUUUCUUGAAAGAGAGUCCACCUAUUGGCGAUUUACAAGCAUUCUACAAGGAAUCUAAGAAAAGAUUCGAUGAGGACGAAGAGUUCAAAAAACGCGCAUAUAGCCGUGUCGUUCAACUGCAAAGUGGUGAAGCCAACUCUACUAAAGCCUGGAAUUUAAUUUGCGAUGUUUCCCGCCGUGAGUUCCAAAAAAUAUACGAUCGCCUGGAUAUUUCGUUGACCGAGAAAGGUGAAUCGUUCUAUCAAUCUCGUAUGAUAGAGGUUGUGAAAUUGUUAGAAUCCAAGAAUCUUUUAGAAUUUGAUGAAGGUCGCAAAAUUAUGUGGCCCACUGCGGAUAAAAGCGGUAUUCCUCUCACAGUGGUGAAAUCAGACGGGGGUUAUACCUACGACACAUCGGAUAUGGCUGCUAUACGCUAUCGUAUUGAAGAAGAAAAACGUGAUUGGCUAAUCUAUGUGGUCGAUUCGGGACAACAUACUCAUUUGAAAAAUAUUUAUUUGGCUGCAGAAAGGUGCGGCAUCCUAAAUCCAGAAAAACAUCGUGCGGAACAUGUUCAAUUCGGUGUUGUUUUGGGAGAAGAUGGCAAAAAAUUCAAAACACGUUCAGGAGAAUCUGUGAAGUUGUCCGAUCUUUUGGACGAAGGCUUAAAAAGGUCUUUGGACAAACUUAUUGAAAAGGAGCGCGACAAGGUAUUGACGCCUCAGGAACUCAAAGCAGCACAAGAGUCGGUGGCCUACGGUUGCAUCAAGUAUGCCGAUUUAAGUCAUAAUCGAACCAACGAAUAUGUAUUUUCCUUUGACAAAAUGUUGGAAGACCGUGGCAAUACUGCUGUCUAUCUACUCUAUGCUUUUACGCGUAUUUGUUCUAUUUCCCGCAACAGUGGCGAAGAUUUCUCUGAUUUGGCUAAAGUCUUGGAAUCGACAAAAAUUGAAUUGGAACACGAAAAAGAAUGGAAAUUAGCAAAAACAUUACUCAAAUUUCCCGAUAUGUUGGUUAAGAUAUCCAAAGAUCUGCUUUUGCACAUUUUGUGCGAAUAUUGUUACGAGGUAUCAACUGUAUUUUCCGAGUUCUAUGACAAUUGCUAUUGCAUAGAAAAGAAUAAGGAAGGACAAAUCGUUAAAGUAAAUCGCAGCCGUAUUUUACUGUGUGAAGCCACUGCCGCUGUGUUGAGGAAAUGUUUCCACAUUUUGGGCCUUAAACCAGUGGCUAAGAUUUAAUCGUUAUACCUAAGUAGAAUCGUGCUUGUGACAUCAGAACAAUGCUAUUCGCUUUCUUUUUAUGGAAAAUAAAAUUUAUUUUUGUGUAUGUUUUUCUACCAUUAAUACAGAAAAAUUAAAUUGCUUAAAUAUGUAAUAUUUAAGACAAAGUA